CGCCGCGAAUCCAGCUCGCAGGAGGAGGAGGUCAUCGACGGCUUCGCCAUCGCCAGCUUCAGCACGCUGGAGGCUUUGGAGAGGGACAUGGCCCUGAAGCCACAUGAACGGAAGGAGAAAUGGGAACGUCGCCUAGCCAAGAAGCCCCGCGAGUCAGAAAACUGCCCGUCUGCAGAGCCGAGUGAGAACGGGCGGCCCCUGGAGGUGGGCAGCCCGGAGCCGGCACUGGAGCCCCCCUGUGACCGGGGCAAAAGGAAGGUCCCGCUGCAGCCCGCCAAGCAGAUGAAGGUUGCAGUGUCCAUAGGGGGCGACCGCAACAGCGAGGACGACAGCUUCCGCGAAGCCACCAGCUCCCGGCGGAGCAGCUCCCGGGACCAGCUCAGUGACAGCUCGGCGCAGGCCGUCUCAGGCAGAGGCUACUCCUGCGACAGUGAGAGUGACGGGGACGACAAGGCGUCUGUGGGCUCUGAGAAGCUCUUUGCCCCGGCAGCCGAUAAAGGCCCCUCUCUGGGAGAGAAGUCCGAGGCCAAGGCUGGGGCGGCGCCCAAGGUCUCGGGCCUGGAGCGCAGCCGCGAGCUGAGCACCGAGCCUCCCUUCCUGCCCACGGUGCGCAGCCCCGCGCCCUCCGUGGGUCCCGCGCCAGGCGCUCCGGCCAGCCCGCUGAUCAAGAAGGAAGCCCCCGCCCUGCCCCGCCUCACCCCGCAGCCGCUGCCCGCGCCCCCGCAGCCCCGGGCCCCGCUCCCGACACACGUGCCUCUCCCCCUGGGCGCCUUCCCGGGCCACGGCCACGGCCUCGGCCAGGCUGCGCACAACGGCCUGCACAGCCUCAGCAGGAGCAGCAGCGCCAGCAGCAGCGCCAGCCUCGGGCUCGCGAAGCACGCGUCCCUGUCGCCGCACGGGCCUGGCGCCCACCUCUCUACCUCACACUUGGCGCUGCGCUCGCAGGCCCAGCACCAGCACCACGCGGCGGCCAUGUUCGCCGCCCCCGCGACACUGCCCCCUCCCCCGGCGCUGCCGGCCAACAGCUUGGUCAUCCCAGGACACCCCGCCGAUGCCAGCCUGUUGAUCUCAUUCAGCCAGCCAAUCAUGUAUUGCCAGCCUCAUGCGGGGAUUCUGAUUGAUCACGAGCUGCUCAGGCAAGAGCUGAACGCGCGUUUUCUGGUCCAGAGCGCCGAGCGGCCCGGCGCCCCCCUGGGCCCGGGGGCUCUGCUGCGGGCGGAGUUCCACCAGCACCAACACACACACCAGCACACACACCAGCACCAACACACAUUCGCCCCCUUCCCCACGGGGCUGCCCCCGACGCCGCUCCUGCCGCCCGCCGCAGCCCCGCCGUUUGACAAGUACACGCCCAAGCUGGACAGCCCCUACUUCCGACAUUCCAAUUUUUUCCCGUCCUUCCCUCCUGCCAUCCCGGGACUGCCCACCCUGCUCCCACACCCAGGCCCCUUUGGGUCCCUGCAGGGCGCUUUUCAGCCCAAGACUUCAAACCCAAUCGAGGUAACAGGCCGGGCCAGCACUGUCCACACCCUCUUCCAGAAGAGCCCUGGGGUGUCCGACCCAUACCGGACAGCAGUCAGGAAGCCGGGCAGGUGGUGUGCGGUGCAUGUGCAGAUCGCCUGGCAGAUCUACCAGCAUCAGCAGAGGACGAAGGUGCAGCUGGACCCCCACAAGCUGGAGGUGGGCACCAAACUGGACUUGUUCAGCAGACCCCCGGGCCCGGGCCUGCUCGCAGGGUUCCACUAUGCCCAGGACGUGGCCCGGCCCCUCUUCUCCAGCUCAGGUGCCGCCCAUCCUGCCACCAACCAGUUUGGACCCUCAGCCCAUCACGGCAGCUUCCUGCCCACUGGUCACCUGACAGACCCUUUCAGCAGAUCGAGCACCUUUGGGGGCCUGGGGACCCUGGGCAGCACCGCCUUCGGAGGCCUGGGCAGCCACGCGCUGACUGCAGGUGGCGGCAUCUUUGCUCCUAAGGAGGGCUCCACACUGCACGGCCUGCCCAGCCCCCACGAGGCCUGGAACCGGCUGCACCGCACACCACCAUCCUUCCCCACGCCACCCCCAUGGCCCAAGCCCAUGGACACUGAGCGGGUCUCAGCCCUGACCAACCACGACCGAGAGCUGGACAAGGGCCGCGAGGAGCGGGAGCGGUGAGUGGGGCCCCGACCCUGGAGCCCUUCCUUGUCGGGAGGCCACAGCUUCAGACCCGGGAAAGGCCAGGGAAGGGAGCACCCCCACAGAGGAUGUCUCACGGGGCAGAGUCUGGGCGGCAGGGACCAGC